AGGGGACGUGUCCCUGCGGAGGCGGCGGGUGCCCGCGCGCUGGGCCAGCCGUGGGGCUUUGGGGAGGGUCCGAUCCCUGCCUGGACGAGGGCAGGGGGUGGUUGGGGACAUUUUGGCUCGGGUUGCAGAGCUGCGGCGGGGCCCUUCCCUCCUCCCCGACCGAACCACGAGCGUGCUCCUGCGUCCACGCUGCCCAACCGGCACGGCCACGGCCACGCUCCAUGACGCAGCCGCAAUUAAAGCGUGGCCUGGCGUGGAGGAAAGCCCCGUGCCUCCGCGUGCACGCUGGCAAGGAGAGGUGUUUUCAAUCCCUUCGGAGCACUGGGCUGCCUCGGAGGGCGUCUUCAUCCAGCGCUGACUCAGAGGAAGCCGUGAGCCGCCCCGCCGCGGGCAGACCCGCUCCAGUGCCCUGUGAGCGGCCACCCUGCAGGGAGCAGGGGAGGCCACGGUACGGGGAGGCAGCAGGCACGGGGCCACCGAGCCACCACGGGACAAGCACGGGCCGGGGAGGCUCCGACAGCGCAGGGCAGAUCCAGGUCGCGGCGCGUGCCCCCCGCGCCCCCCGUGCCCCGCCGCCCGCCCGGACGAUGCCCGUCGAGGCGCUGAACGCCGGCGAUACCAUGAAGGGGGCGGCGGUGACGGCGCCCUUCACCUCGGCCAUGCCCAUCCGCAUCCUCAACAAGGGCCCCGAGUAUUUCCGACGGCGCGUGGAGCCGGGCGCGAGGAAACCCAGCGCCGUGGAGAGGCUGGAGGCCGACAAGGCCAAGUACGUGAAGAGCCAGCAGGUCGCCAGCACCAAGCAGGAGCCGGUGAAGCCGCCGCUGCUCAAGCAGCCCCUCUUCGCCCCGGGCGUGCGCCGGGCCAUGCUCACCCCGAGCCGUAAGACGCCGCCGGGACCACGCCGCUCGGAGGCCGGCGGGACGAAGACCUCCCUCAACCUGGAGAUCCUCAACAACCUCAUCAACAUCUGCGACAGCCCCUUCCCCAAGGCGGAGAGCCCGCGGGGCCGGGAGUGGCAGUGCAAGGCGGAGGCGCCGGGUGCCGGGGCGGAGGGGGCUGGCAAGGCACCGGAGAGCCCCGCCGCCCCCAAGCCCCCCGGCACCGUGGCCGUGCGCAGGGUGGACGUGCGGCCCUGCGGGGCUCUGCCCGCCAGGGUGGCCCCCGCCGGCCAAGUGACGCCGGUGUCCUUGUCACCCGCCCCGGGCAGGCUGCCUGCGGCGCCGGCGCUGAGCUCGCCCAGCCGCCCCGAGAGCGCCCGGCGGCAAACCCUGCUGCACCGCUCCAAGUCGGACCUGAGCGACCGCUUCUCGCGGGCCACCGCCGACCUGGAGCGCUUCUUCAACUACUGCGGCCUCGACCCGGAGGAGGUGCGGGACAUGGGCGCGGAGCACUUCGCCCGCGCCAGCUCCGACAUCGUGUCCGUCAAGUUUCACAGCGUCAGCACGGCCAGCUCGGAGGGCGGCCGCUCGCCCCGCAGCGCGGCCACGCCGGAGGGCCGGCCGGCCGAGCGCAUGCCCUACGGCAUCUCCGUGGUGGAGCGCAACGCCCGCGUUAUCAAGUGGCUCUACGGGCUGCGCCAGGCCCGCGAGCCCCAGCAGGUCUCCAACGUGUAGCACCGCUGCGUGUGAGCGCACGGUGCCGAUGCCGGAGCGCUGGGGACGUCUCGGACCCUCGGACUCGGGCACCGUGCCUCGGCCCUGCUGCCCUUCGUUACUUUGCCUCCCGAUGGAGCUGGCUCUGUAGGGGCCCGAAGGCAGCACCCAGGUCCCCGUCAGCCCCGCGGAGGGCUGGGGACGUGGCUGAGCCUGCUGGCAUCCUGCUGGCCGGGCUGCGGGGUGCACGGCCGGUCCCACCUGCACAGAGGGGGCAUCCCGGCUGCUUCCAGGGGUCCCAGCAUGCUGGAGCGCAUGGGCACCCCG